AAACAAUAGUCAGCCGCGGUGGCAGCCAAGACAAGUAGUCGUGAACAAUUUUUGCACCGGCAAACAAAUUUCCUCACUGUAUUUCCCCGAGAAGAAUAAGAAAAACAUUAGUUUAUAAAAGAAAAGAUUCGCGUUGAGUGUGCGUUGAUGGCAAGUGUGAUUCAGUGUCGGCAGUGUGUGGGCAAAGCGCUCGAGGCGUGCGCGUGUUCACAAGUUACUUAAGUUAAGUAACCUAAGUUGACUUAAGUCGGAUAACCAUAAAUGUGCGCACACUGGAUGUAUUAGUGAAUUCGGUUGAUUUAAAGUGCAGAAUGCAUUCGGGUAAUGGCCACUGGACGUACGGUGCGUCAGGUGAAGCACGGGGAACGUCUUCGGCGGUCGCAAACCUCCCUGACGCCAUUUUCCACGCCGGAAGAUUUAAUUCUCAAAUCGGCGAAAGCCGAUGCAGAAAUCACUACAAAUGUUGAGGUGGAAGGUUAUGGGCCUUACAAGCCGGUACCACCUCCAAAACCGUUAUCAUCGCAACAAUCUCAACAAUCCAACGCCCCCGGACGUGUCACGCCGCCCCCAUACAGAAUGCCACCGUAUCCGCUGUACAACGAGCCGAGUAUCCCCGGCGCGGCAGGGUUGGACACCCCUAUAGCCACAUCAAGUCCCAAUCCACAAAAUCUACAAACCCACUCGAGUAAAUUUCCGAUCGAAAGAGAAGUGAUUUUGUCAAGUUCAGACAAAAACUCGAAAAUUCCCAUUCUGAACGACUACAUCAAGCGGACAAAGGGCGCGAUUGCACCUGACGUGCCUCCUAAACAGAUGUCCGCAUGGAGUAACCAUACACACCAUCAAAUUCUAUCACCAGAUCAAAAUCAUUCGGGGCAUACUCAUCCCAUGCAGAAUGAUGGUGCGGUCUUCCGAGCGACGUACCAUAAUCCAGGUGAUUAUUAUUCUACGGGUGCGGUGCCCAGGUCAACGUGGCAGGGAGAGUUAGCGAAAACUCAAGCGCAGAGACAAUAUGAAGAAUACACACAACAACAAAUUUCCGGUUUGGGUCAGGGUCACCUUGAAAAGGAAAAGGAAUCGAAAACUAAUAAAACCAUGACCAAGACUUACCAUACCAUCAAAGAUAUCAUCUCCAGUAAGUUUAAAUCUAAUAAGGAUGUUGAUGAUAAACAUGAAGAAGCUGGAUUGAAUAAUGUCACUGAGGAAAUGAGGAAAAGCCUGAGGAAUAUUGAUGGUAAUGGUAAUCCAAGUGUGAGUGAAGAAAGUGAAACAGCGAAGAAAACUGCUGGUGAGCAAGGGAUUUAUGGUAAACCACGAACUGCUCCAGAAACAGGGCUUAGUCCUCAACAACAUCAUCAGAUGCAACAGCAAAUCAUACAACAACAGAUUCUGGUACAACAACAACAGCAGUAUAAGAACCAACAGUUGAUGCAGGCAAGAUCUCAGGAGAUGUUGGCUUCCAGACCGGAAGAUUACUAUCAGAAUCCUUAUCUCCGACAACAACAACAACAACAACAACAACACCAAACACCUCAAAGGUUUCCUCCCACACAAUACAUGCCUAUGCAUUCGCCAAUGAAGGAAACCAAAGAAAAACUUGAAGAAAGAAGAUCUGAAUUAAUACGGUCCCCACAACAACUGGAACGGGAUAAUAUCCGACAACGUAGUUUUGAAGCGCGUCGAACCGCAUCCCAACCACAACUCUCAUUCGAAGACGAAGUUAAUAAAGAGAUUCCGGAUAAUCGACCACAACCGCAAGCGCAGCCACUCCGGCGUGGUUCCCAAGGUAAUCUCGUGGAGACAAUCCGUGCGUGUGAAGGUAAGGACAGUGACGAAGGUGGUUUCGUGCGUAAACCAGAAGAAACCGGAAGCAAACCUGAAGAUAAAGUGAAUUCUGCUCUAACUGGAGCUCCCAGGAAACGCCUGGAAGGAGAAAUUGGUAAAAUUGAAGGUGUGUACAAUAUACAACCUCGGAAGGAUGCAGAAUCACGAAAGAACAACCCUAGUUCCGCUGCGAGUUCAGAUUAUGAUAAGGCAGGUCAGAGUUCCUCGAAUGCAGAUUCCGGUAGAGGUAGUGCUGCUUACAGUAGCGGAAGAAGACCCGGGGGCAUUGAUACCAGCAACGAGUCGGAUAACCAUCAGACAACACACAAUGGACGGGAUUAUAGGGAUCUCAACACGCCUGGUCAUGAUAGUGAAUGGGUAGACAUCGUGGAAACCGAAUUAAGGCAUAUCUUGGAACCCAAAUUGCAUGGAUUAACACUGCAGGGGAAUAGCAACAUUGCUAAUUCUACCUUGAGUGAGAGUAUUUCUUCAAUGACGCCGCCAUUACCACCAUUGUCACCUGGUGAGCAAUCCUCUCCGAAUGUCACUCCUAGAAAUUCUACAAGGUACAAACAUGCGAGUUUACCUUAUGGGAGCAAACCGGAGUAUGACCUGUAUAAGUCCAAGGGGGUUAAUCAAAGGUGGCAUGGUGGGGGUAGCACUCAGAAACAUCGAGGUGGGAAGAAAAUUGAUCACAGUGCUAUUCUACGAAGUAAACAAAUUUUUGGGUUGGAUACAGCAGAUAUGACUUCAACAACAACCAGAUCCAUGGACUUAGAAUCUAUGUUAGAUGGACAAUCAGAUUCCGAUGGGGAUUUGAGCACGGCUGAUGCCAGGACUAUUCGGAAACAACUCGAAGGUCUUGAAGGGAUGUAUUCUGAAGUUUUGAAACUCCUGGGAGUGAAAAAGUAUUCAGGACGUUAUCAACCAUCAGACCCUAGGUUUUCUAAACGUCGGUAUGGGAGUAUGUCUUCUUUACCUUCAAGUUCCGUGAGUAGUCGUCCGAUUCGUGAUAAGAGACGUGCGCAUGAAGAUAGGAAAAAGGUCCGGGAUAUCCGUGGGAUCAACAAACGCUUCCAACGUUUAGAAUCACACGUUGUGACCCUAGCUAGAUCCGUAGCGCAUUUAUCUUCGGAGAUGCGUACACAACACCUGAUGAUUCAGGAAAUGGAGAAUAUCCGCGGGGAGAUCGCCGCGCUGCGUACGCAGACAAAUAUGAUGAGUGUGCGGAAUCAGUCGGCGAAUCGUCAAGGGAAUAUGAACAAAGACCUUCCGGAUCUUGCGAAUCCGACGAGGGUGAAGAAGUUGACCAAGUUUUUUGGCGAUGAGCCGCCAUUAUUGAGAUUGUUUUUGAGGAAAUUAGGUUAUGAGAAAUAUGCAAAUGCGUUUGAAAAUGAACGCAUCGGAAUGGUGGAGCUUCCAUACCUCAGCGAAGAGCGACUCCAGAAGAUUGGCGUGCCACUGGGUCCGCGGCUAAGGAUAAUGGAAGAAGCACAGAUUUCCGUGUGUAAGGACAACACCCUGUGUAUAGUUUAGAUCGUUUGUUAUAAUUUAAUUAAGAAUCAUUGAAUCAAUUCGUAAUUUAUCUCAUUCUUUCCAUUAUAACCUCACUUUUUCGAGAAUGAGGUUAUGGUGAGGAAGCAACAGACUGAUGCAUUGAAUCGAAAAUGAUACGAAUGGCGGCUCAAUUUUUAAAGACAUUAGAAAAUUAAUGAUUUAACAUAAAGAUUAUUAUUUUGAGUAAUAAUGUACAUAAAUUUACGUGUUUUAAUGUUAAUCGUAAUCAGAAUUUAAUUAAUUUCAUAAGUAUAGGUAUUUAAUUGCCAAAUGGACCAAAGACAACUACAAUAUUGGUUUGGUAGUAAAACUGGUAAAACUACAACUAUUUAUCGUUUACAUGUAUCGUUUAAAUAAAUAAUCUAUUGUAAAAUUA